GUCUGCGCCGUCGACGGGUUGCUCUUCGUGUGCAUCCAGUACGUCUUGCUGUGUGCUGCAAGACCAGGUGGGAAGCUUGAUCUCCCGUACGCCCAUCUCCACUGUGGGUAAGUCGGAGUACCUUCAAAGCUCGGACGAGGGCAGUACUUCCUGGGAUGCCAUCGUGACGCCAAUAGACGAGUUGGCGAGCGAAACUCCCGAGACCUCGCAUCCUGUUGCGGUGAACGCCUUUGAUAGGCUCACACGUGUCCACGGCCAGAUUUACAAGCAGCUAGAGAAGCAGGAGUUGCUCAUCGCGCACCUGCUACGGGAUGGGGAAGGGCUCAACACA